AUGAGUCUGGAGUCUUGGAAGGGAAGGAGCCUGCGGGCAGCAGGGGGAGGAGAGGCGGGCGCGGGCAGCAGGGCCCCCAGGUCCCCGCGGGGAGGCCGAGCGGGGGCCGGCACCGAGCCGCUCCGUGGCUGCACCGGGCUCCGGCGGGCUGGGCGGCCUCCCCGGCGGCCGGAACCCAGAGGAGAGGCCCCUGGGCAGAGCCUGUGGCCCCCUCAGCCCGGGAUCCAGGAGAGCCUGAGUGGACGGCCCUGCCGUCCACAGACGGGGCUCCCCGGAGCCCCCACUCCAGGCUUGGCCUCUGGUCCCAGGACCCUGAGUGGAGUAUGGGCCCCGCCUCGGGCAGCCGCCCCAGCCCCAGGGCCCCCAGAGCCCCGUGCCGGUGGCAGCAGGGGACGUGACGAGCCACGGUCACUUCUCCAACAACCGCAGAUCGAUCACCACAGCCUCAGACUACAGGAGCCUGGGGCAUCACUGAGCCCACCCAGGCCAGCACCCCCGGAGCCCAGCACGCCAGAGCCCAGCACCCCCGGAGCCCAGCACGCCAGAGCCCAGCACCCCCGGAGCCCAGCACCCCCGGGGCCCAGCACCCCCGGAGCCCAGCACCCCCGGAGCCCAGCACACCAGAGCCCAGCACCCCCGGAGCCCAGCACGCCAGAGCCCAGCACCCCCGGAGCCCAGCACGCCAGAGCCCAGCACCCCCGGAGCCCAGCACCCCCGGAGCCCAGCACCCCCGGAGCCCAGCACGCCCGGAGCCCAGCACACCAGAGCCCAGCACCCCCGGAGCCCAGCACGCCCAGAGCCCAGCACCCCCGGAGCCCAGCACCCCCGGAGUCCAGCACGCCCGGAGCCCAGCACCCCCGGAGCCCAGCACGCCCGGAGCCCAGCACCCCCGGAGCCCAGCACCCCCGGAGCCCAGCACCCCCGGAGCCCAGCACGCCCGGAGCCCAGCACGCCCGAGCCCAGCACCCCAGGAGCCCAGCACCCCCGGAGCCCAGCACCCCCGGAGCCCAGCACGCCCGGAGCCCAGCACGCCCGGAGCCCAGCACCCCCGGAGCCCAGCACCCCCGGAGCCCAGCACCCCCGGAGCCCAGCACCCCAGGAGCCCAGCACCCCCGGAGCCCAGCACGCCAGAGCCCAGCACCCCCGGAGCCCAGCACGCCCGGAGCCCAGCACGCCCGGAGCCCAGCACCCCCCGGGGCCCAGCACCCCCGGGGCCCAGCACCCCCGGGGCCCAGCACACCCGGGGCCCAGCACCCCCGGGGCCAGCACCCCCGGGGCCCAGCACCCCCGGAGCCCAGCACGCCAGAGCCCAGCACCCCCGGAGCCCAGCACGCCCAUAGCCCAGCACGCCCGGAGCCCAGCACCCCCGGAGCCCAGCACGCCCGGAGCCCAGCACCCCCGGAGCCCAGCACGCCCGGAGCCCAGCACGCCAGAGCCCAGCACCCCCGGGGCCCAGCACCCCCGGAGCCCAGCACCCCCGGAGCCCAGCACGCCCGGAGCCCAGCACGCCCGGAGCCCAGCACCCCCGGAGCCCAGCACGCCAGAGCCCAGAACCCCCGGAGCCCAGCACCCCCGGAGCCCAGCACCCCCGGAGCCCAGCACCCCCGGAGCCAGCCACGGGCUCGGAGGCAAAGGUGCCUUGGCAGGAGUCCGGCCCGGCCCGGCCCUGGCUGA